GUUGACAGUGAAACGUCGCGCGCGCUUUACAAUCCGAUACAAUUAGAAAAACUGAGUUCCUAAUCGUGUGUGUUACCGUGUCGCAAGUUUGUGUUCUGACUUAGUGUUUGUUUUGUUUUUCCGGAUACUGAGCGAGUGUUUGUGACUGCGUAUGCCGCACGGUUUUGUUUAGCGGCGAUCGGCAGGACAUGCUCUCAGGAGAGCAUGUGAUGCCGGCCUUUGACGCCCGGCGCAAUGCCCACGCCGCUGCAGCCCGGCGGCCCCGCUAGCGGCCCGUCCCCGGAGCGCAAGCGGCGCCGCAAGCGCGACGACCCGCAGAGCUCGGCAGCACUUGAGCCCGACGACGACGGCGACAUGAGCCCCGAAGAGGAACCGAGGAACACGCCAGCGGCCCCCGCCGCACCUACCCCCGCGCCCUCUUCAGCACCCGCGCCUACUUCACCUCCCGCCGCCCCGGACGCAGUUGAUCUCACCUCAAGACGAGACUCUCCACCUCUAUCCUCCGAUGUAGAACAUUUUGAUGGCAAGAUUGUCUACAACCCAGAUGGCUCGGCUUAUAUCAUAGAGGAUCCUGAACUAUCGGAGGGUGAAACGAGUUUAUCAGAUUUGCCAAAAAUAGAGCCGGGAUGUAUCGUCGAUAGCAGAGAUAGCAACGUCGUUGAGCGGCAACUGGAUUUCCCGCAGAUUGCCAGUGCAUUUUACGUAUCAAGAAAUCCAUCUUUGUAUGGGGCUUUGUAUGGAAGACUGGCGGCUGAGAGAGCAAGGGCGAGACCCGAUGCGCCAGUGAUGCAUAGUUAUCGCGUGUUUAGUUUUCGGGGUAGCAAAGAAACUCCAAGACCACCAUCACCAGUGCCAGAGUGUCCCGUAAGCGUUCCAGUGAAACCAAUUCUUAUGUGUUUUAUUUGUAAACUGAGCUUUGGCUACGCCAAGUCUUUUGUAGCACAUGCCCAAUCAGAUCAUAGCUUAUCACUACUUGACUCAGAAAGAGAUGCUUUAUCAAGAGAAAACUCGUCAGCCAUCAUACAAUGUGUUGGAAAGGAUAAAGAACCUCUAGUCUCAUUUUUAGAACCUGUAGGUUCUGCUGCACCCCAACGAGCUUCUGCUUCUGGAAGUCCUGCGAAUAUUUCAGAAUUGUCAAGCCCGUCAAUAGACAAAAGGCCAGACCUAAUGACGCCUAACAGACAAAGUGAUGAUUUGUUACCCAACGGAUCAUGUGAUGAUAGAAGGCUGAGCCCACCAGGUUGGCGGCCGCCAAGAUCGAUAGCAGAAUCAUUGCUUCCACAACAUUCACUCAUAUCUGUAGCACAUCCUCAUACAAUUAAUGCUUCAGUACAACACAGAGUAAGUCCGAAUUCUUCUCCACCCUUUCAAGCAGCACCACCUGCAUUCUUGUCUGGAACUACGAUAGGUGUCUGUCCAGAUCAUUUAGGCGGAAGACCAUCGGGUGCUGAUUGUCCUAAAUGUGAGCUUAUUUUAAAUUCUGGUAGACUAGGUGGACCGUUAGCUGGCAUGCACAGUAGAAAUUCGUGUAAAACUCUGAAAUGUCCAAAGUGUAACUGGCAUUAUAAAUAUCAAGAAACCUUAGAAAUACAUAUGAAAGAAAAACAUCCAGAAGCUGAAACGAGUUGCAUUUAUUGUAUCGCUGGUCAACCCCAUCCACGAUUAGCACGUGGUGAGACCUAUACGUGUGGAUAUAAGCCCUAUCGAUGUGAAGUGUGCAAUUAUUCUACUACCACAAAAGGUAACCUUAGUAUACAUAUGCAAUCAGACAAACAUCUUAACAAUAUGCAAGAAUUGCAGAACGGUGGAAAUCCAGUAGAUGGCAAUCUUCCACCUUCACAACAUACUCCACCUGGAGCACACAAACCACCCCUUCCACACCAUUCUCCAUUGGGGCAGAAACCUAAACCCACAUUCAGAUGUGACGUGUGUAACUAUGAAACCAAUGUUGCGAGAAAUCUGAGGAUUCACAUGACGUCUGAGAAACAUACUCACAACAUGCUUGUUCUGCAACAGAACGUCAAACAUAUGCAGACCUUAUCGGCUUUACAUCAUAGACAGCAAAGUCAACAACAACUAGAAAGCCUGCUACAUUUCCAUGGAGGAGAUGCUCCACCUCCAAAUCCUGAAGCCGCUUUAGCUGACAUGGCGUAUAACCAAGCCCUGAUGAUUCAACUGAUGACUGGUGGGCCUGGACCAUCACCGCCAGAAUUAGGAGCACAUUUAGAUGUCGGGUUGAACCCAGAUGCUAUGGAACCACCCCCAGAGCCUGCAGACCCAGAACCCGAGAGAACCUAUCACUGCUGUAUAUGCAACUGCUUUUCCACUGAUUCUCUUGAAGCAUUGGGUCACCACUUAGCUCAAGAUAGAACAAAGAUAAGAGAGCAGGAAAUUUUGGCCCUUGUUGCUGGUCAUUACGUUUGCAAGUUGUGUACAUACAAAACGAAUCUAAAAGCAAAUUUCCAACUGCACUGUAAAACAGACAAACAUCUUCAAAGAUUGCAGCAUGUGAAUCAUGUUAAAGAAGGAGGACCGAGAAACGAAUGGAAGCUUAAGUUUUGUGGUGGUGUUGGAACUGGAGCAGCUGGUGUAGGUGGUGUGCAAGUUAGAUGUUGUGCUUGUGAUUACUAUACGAAUUCGGCGCAUAAGUUGCAACUUCAUGCCGCUGGAGCGAGGCACGAGGCUGCUGCUCUAUUGUUGAGACAUCUGAGAGACUGCGCGUCUGGAAUACCACGCGAUCGUCCCCGAGUGUACCGUUGUGCUCUCUGUGGAUUUGGAGCUCCUCAUCGCCUGCCGCUGCUACAACACGUGCGAUCUGUUAAACAUCUACAAAUGGAGCAAAUUCAUCAGCUACAGCGCCGCUCGGAAGGCAAGGACCCAACUCCAGACGUCGCCGAGCUAUUUCAAGUUAUACCUCAACCUCCAGAGUUGCCAAGUCCAUAUGAUCAACAGGAUGUUGAUACAAAAGAGCCGAUUGAUCAGAAGCCGGAGCUUACACAGGAACAAAAAAUGAUGAGAUUUUUGGAACAGCACCAACAACUACAGCAGCAGCAACAGCAGGCGCAACAGCUUGCUCAACAACAUCCUCAACAAUCCCUUCACCAAUUGAAUGAAAAGGAGGAAGAUGAGAGCUCAGGUUCACAUUCAUGCCCGUACUGCAACUUCAUUUGUGACAGCGAAAGCAAACUCCAUGCACAUGUUGCCAGCUUGCAUAGUGACACCACGAGACAUUUCAUGUGUCCUUUAUGUCAAGACGCUUUCAAGGACAGGCCAGCUCUCGAGCGACAUGUGAUGCAGAUUCACUCCGUCAACUCAGAGGGUUUGCAGCGUUUGUUACUGCUCGUCGAUCAAAGUCAUUGGUUGAAUGGCAACUCUCAAAAUCAACAAGAUUCAAGACAAGGUGAUGAGGAACGCGAGAUAUCAUCCCCACGUUCUGAAGGUAGUGUAGAUGGUGAGAUGGAGAGGUGUUCAACCUGUAACAAAACUUUCAGGAAUGUUGAUGAACUCUGCCAUCACCAGAACGAACUGGGGCACUUGGAAUUAAAACAAACGCCGCAAGGUCCAGGCUAUGUGUGUUGGAAGAAGGGAUGCAACCGCUACUUUGAUGCCGCCCAUGCCCUUCAAAAUCACUUUAAAGAAACCCACGCACGUAAUUCAAUUGCAAAUAUGUCUGUAUCUGAAAAACAUGUUUACAAAUACCGCUGCAACCAAUGCAGUCUUGCAUUCAAAACCGUUGAGAAACUGCAGCUACAUUCACAGUAUCAUGUGAUUCGCGAUGCAACAAAAUGUAUAUUGUGUGGUCGAAGUUUUAGAUCGAUAUUGGCUUUGCAGAAACACGUAGAGACUUCUCAUCAGGAAUUGUCGGAAGAUGAGUUGGCUGCAUUUAAACGUAAUCUAGCAUCCAAUCCUCUCCUACAAACCACUCAAGGUGCUGCGCUAGAUUCUACAGCAGCAGAAUUAUUAAGAAAGGAAGCUUUGAGAACACCUGAUGAAGAGAUGGGUGACCUGGAAGAUCGGGAUCAUAGUGCGACAGCUGCUGAUGAAUCUGGUCAUAAUGAUGCUGAAAACUCUGAUGAUUCAAUAGUUUACAAGGAUCAACAGUUCUUGGAAGAUUAUUUGAACUCGCAAGCUAUGGCCGAAGAUUCUUACAAUGAUCCAAACAGGAAGUACAAAUGCCACAGAUGUAAGGUCGCGUUCACAAGACAAACAUAUCUAACUGCACAUAAUAAGACACUUCUGCAUCGUAAGGGUGAGAAGUUAACGUAUCCUAUGGAGAAAUACCUAGACCCUAAUCGGCCGUUCAAAUGUGAUGUAUGUAAAGAAUCUUUCACACAGAAAAAUAUACUAUUGGUUCAUUACAAUAGUGUUAGCCAUUUACACAAACUAAAACGGGCUAUGCAAGAACAACAAAAUAAUAAUAACCCUCCUGUGUCACCUGGUGCUGGGACGGCACCUUCAAACUUAACUCUAACACCUAAAAGUACGUCGAGCGAAGAAGAAGAUAGAAAGCGCUAUAAAUGUAACAUAUGCAAAGUUGCAUAUACACAGGGAAGCACGUUAGAUAUUCAUAUGCGAUCAGUAUUACAUCAAACACGUGCGGGAAAAUUACAGGAGCUAGCCGCAGCCGGCCACGUUGAUUUGUCGCGGCCUUUAGUUGAACAACCGGACAGGAACGACCCCGCCAAAAUUCUACAAGACGUGUUGUCGCCAAAAAAUACAUCCCCUUCAUCUACGAGCAGCGGGGGACCUCGGUCUUCACCCCCCGCGCGGCCAGGUAGCCCGCGAUCCCCUCGGGCAGGUAGCGCCGCGUGCGAGCGCUGCCACGCGUCAUUCCCAACUAGGGAGCUACUCGACGCACAUCGCACAACUUCAUGUCCGUUUGGAGAUGCGCGGACGCACUCACCACUCGGUGAAGCUGAAGCAGCUGCUUUGGACGAGAUGGUAGCUAAGGGCAAUCCGCCCAAAAGGAACUCCCAAAUGUAUAAGCAACUGUUAGAGACCUUUGGAUUCGACCUCGUCAUGCAAUACAAUGAAAAUCAACGCCGUAAGAUGCAAGAAGAACGGGAAAUGGCUCGAGUACCGAGUCCUCCCCCGCCACCACCCGAGGAGAAGCCUCCGGACAGUGAAACGAAAUCGACGUGUCAACAUUGCAAUAAAGAGUUUUCAAGUGUGUUUGUGUUAAAGACUCAUUGUGAAGAAGUGCAUAAAGACAAAGUUCCUCUUGAGUUCCUGGAACAAUUCGCGGAGCAGUUCAAGUCGGAAUACGAGAGAAAGUCUGGAGCUCCUAACUCACCAAGGGCUGCUUCACCGGCUCCCCAAAGUGAUCGUUCUCCGUCACCUAGAGGAGACAACAACGAUAGCUUUAGUGAAAAUAAUAACGGCUCAGGUGAAGCACAAGCUGGUGCUUUGCUUGCCGCUCAAGUGCAAGAGAUGCAGGCAGCCCUCAACAUGCUGCAGCUGCAACAGCAGUUGGGUCAACUGCAUCCUAUGGUUGCUCAGAUGCUGACCCUGGGCUUGCCUUUAGGAUUGAAUGUGGGAGCAUUGGCUGCGAUGAACCUGCAGCCACCAUUGGUGCCCCUGAUGUUACCACCUCCGCCCUUCGAUUCGAUGCCGUUUGCUCACGAUGCCCAGAUGAAACAGCAGCAAUUAAUUCAGCAACAGCAACAGGCAAAUGCUGCUGGCCAGAAACGAGCUCGAACUCGAAUCACGGAUGAUCAAUUGAAAAUAUUAAGAUCGCACUUCGAUAUUAAUAACUCGCCAAGUGACGAAGCUAUAGCUAAAAUGGCAAAGCAGUCUGGUCUCGCCACAAAGGUAAUCAAGCAUUGGUUUAGAAAUACGCUUUUCAAAGAACGGCAGCGCAACAAGGACUCGCCGUACAAUUUCAAUAAUCCGCCAUCUACAACUCUCAACCUUGAAGAGUACGAAAAGACAGGUGAAGCAAAAGUUACGACUUUAGACUCUUCCGCCAGCUCCGAUGAAGGAAAACCACCACCUGAAAAAAAAGCAAAAACAGAGGAACCCCUCACCUUGCAUCAACAAGAAGUUAAAUGUGAACCUCAUGAAGAACCUACGAUGGAGGAAAAGUACAAUUCAUAUGAUGAUCGGCACCAAGAAGAUAAAAGCUUUAUUUUUCAAGCGCCGUCCCAAAGCCCCGCUUUAAGUACACCUGAUAUCCAACAUAACAGCUUAUCUCGACCUCAGACGCCGACACACUUGUCCUUAAAUUCACUAAUUCAGUCUCAGUUGGAUUCGAUACCGGCUACGAGUAUCCCUCAGCCGCCUCAUCCGUCUAUGCUACCACCAAAAAUAAAUCCAAACUUCACGUCCCCAAACUCCGCGCCCCCGAAUGUCCUAUCUAUGACCCCAAAUCGCAGCCUCAGUCCUGGCAGAGGACCGGCCGAUUUCGGACUUUCCGGGGGCAACUCGAAUGGAUCCAACAGCUCGGGGUCUUCUGGCAAACGCGCCAACAGAACUAGAUUUACUGAUUAUCAAAUAAAAGUACUACAAGAGUUUUUUGAAAAUAACGCGUACCCAAAGGAUGAUGACUUGGAGUAUUUAUCUAAGCUAUUGGGCUUAAGCCCAAGAGUUAUAGUAGUAUGGUUUCAAAAUGCUCGUCAAAAAGCAAGAAAAGUAUACGAAAACCAGCCUGCUGCAGAUCCACCCGCAGGCUCCAUGGACGAUGCAAAUAGGUUUCAGCGCACACCAGGACUAAACUAUCAAUGCAAAAAAUGCCAACUAGUUUUUCAACGUUAUUAUGAGUUGAUAAGACACCAAAAAACGCAUUGUUUUAAGGAAGAGGAUGCGAAACGAUCCGCGCAGGCUCAAGCGGCGGCUGCGCAGGUUGCUGCUACAUUAAGCAGUGAAGAUUCAAACUCAAGUACCGUAGAACAUCACGUUCCGCAUGUGCCAGUCUCACCGGCACCUCCUCGUACUCCAACUCCCGCUGCACCUAAUUAUCCUGUGUCACCAGCACCAUCUACGCCACAUACACCACAUACACCAGUGACCCCACUGUCACAUACUCCUAGAGAAGAAAAGGAAGAAAACUUUCAAUGUGACAAAUGCAAUCUCGUGUUUCCUCGCUUUGAUCUUUGGAGAGAACAUCAACUGGUCCAUAUUAUGAAUCCAAAUUUAUUUCCAUCAUACCCUCCGGAUUCUCCAUUUGGAAUAUUGCAGCAACAUGCUCAAUUACAACAAUUAAAUGCUUCCUUAUCAAAUGAAGAAAAUCGACAUCCUUUAGUUGUGGCUUUAAAUCAACAAGUCGCUAAACGUAAAUUCGAUGAAUACGAAGAAAUAGACACAGGUGAACAACCAAAAGACAAGAGAUUGAGAACAACUAUUUUACCCGAACAAUUGGAUUAUUUGUACCAAAAGUAUCAAAUAGAGUCGAAUCCUUCAAGGAAAAUGCUAGAAAACAUAGCUCGUGAGGUUGGUCUGAAAAAGAGAGUUGUUCAGGUUUGGUUUCAAAACACGCGGGCUCGUGAAAGAAAAGGACAAUUUCGUGCACAUGCUCAAGUUAUAAACAAACGCUGUCCAUUCUGUCCAGCGUUGUUUAAAGUAAAGAGCGCCCUCGAAAGUCACUUGAGUACAAAACAUGCAGAUCAGUGUGCAAGAGGUGAAAUCAAUGUUGAUGCUUUACCCGAUGAAGAAUUAAGUACUGAAUCUACACCUAGUUUCGGAUCUCAACAAAGUGACAGACAACAAAAUUUUUCCCAAGCGGGGGCUCCCAUGUUGCCCCCUAUUUUUCCACCUUUUCACUCAGACAUGGAGAAAUUUAUCAAACAGUAUAGCGAAGAAUCGAUGAAGCGAUACGUAAACGAGAUGCAAGCUCAAGUUGUUCAACAAAAUGGAAAUACCAAUGAACUACCCACUGAAAGAAGAUCGGACCAUGUGAAACCUGAAAUUCCUUUAGAUCUCAGUAAACCAGUUGAUUUAUCACGACCUGGAUCAGAUGCGGAUGAAAGAUCAGAUACUGCAUCAGAAACUAUGGAGUUUUAUGAAGAAGAUGACCCAACAUCCCCUUUGACCGGCUUACCACACGGUCAGAGACAGCUCGGAAAACGUUACCGCACCCAAAUGUCCUCGAUUCAAGUAAAAAUUAUGAAAUCAUUAUUCAAUGACUAUAAAACUCCUACAAUGGCUGAAUGUGAAGCGCUUGGUCGAGAGAUUGGACUUCCUAAACGUGUUGUACAAGUGUGGUUCCAAAACGCUCGUGCAAAAGAAAAGAAGGCGAGGCUGGCUGCUGGUCUACCUGAAGUUUCUGACGCGCUACCACCCGAUGAAUGUCGUGUGUGUGACUUCAAGUACAGCCACAAGUAUUCUGUGCAAGAUCAUGUGUUUACACGGGGUCAUAUCGCAACAGUGCGAGCUCGUCUCGAGAACAGCGCAGGCGCAGGAGACGACGGCACGCUCGCGCUGAUGCAGAUGGCAGCUCGUCUGGAGUCCAGCCUGGGCAGCGAACUGCACAACGCCUUCCUACGGCCGCAACUCGCUGGCAACGGAACCAAUCCAGCUACGGUACCGCAUCAUCCUCAACCGCAAGGCCUGAUAGUUGAGACCGGCAACGGAGCGAGUGUACUGCAACUUCCCGCCACCACGCUCGAGCAGAUACGUCACAUCGCUGCCGAUCCGGGAGCAUCCACGCUGCGCUUACCUCCCCCUUCCCCCGAAGUUCCUGUCGGCGCCCGUGAACUGGACUAUGACUUAUGUUACGUUUGCAAACACUGCAAGGUAGCUUUUCCUUCUGCAGCUCCACUCCAAACGCACCAGUCCAGGUCCUGUUACGCUGGCCGAGACGCCUCAAGAGGUGUAAUCCGUGUGGUGCAACCCUCGCUAGAGUGCAGAUAUUGUCCGGGGGAGCGGUUCCGGAAUGCCGUGGACUUCCGACGGCAUGCAGAAUGCGAAACUCACAUACGAAACCAAACGCCGCUGCUCCAACCACCGCCAGCAGAGCCUUUAACUCAUGAAAUGGAAGAUGUCGUCAACCAGAUAACGUUGCUAGCGGCGCGCGCGGCCCAAGACACCACUUCGCCGAAGGACACCAACGUGAAUUUCUGCGUUCCUGGUCCACGAUUUCCCCAGCCAGGGGAAUUGCCUCUGGCCAGCGCAGGUCACUAAUACUAUCCCGAAAUGUAUAGUUACUACUAAUGAAGCCCUUCGCUCAUAAAUCGUUGUCCAACAACGCAACAGUUCACUAUUAGAUCUUAAAGCUUCUUUGAAUGUCGUCGCGUUAGACGGUACUUUCCUAGUUAUAAUAUUUAAAGCUUUUAGUUGUGUAAGUGUAGGUUAAUAGGGCUCGGCCGGCGGUUCCGCGAGGGACUGCCAGACCGACCGCGUCGCCGCCGCGUACUGGGAGGCGGCGCCGGCGGCCCGGCGACACGCGUCCGCCCGUCCGCACCGCAUAUCAUACGUUAGACAGGUUAAUAUAUACGUUUAUAGUUGCGGCGGUCGCGACGCGCGCUCGACUCGAGGCGACAAUAUACCCACCAUCUUCUCCCAGGAAAGCAAGUUCCUAUCUUUAUGGCAUAUAAUAUUAUCGAUAUUGAUAAUUACGAUUUAAUUAUUUGUUUAAAGCUAUGUAAUACAUACAUAUAAUCGUUCUAAUUUAGAUAUAGAUAUUAUGUUCUCGUAAGAAGUUCCUGAUGCAUCCUAUAUGUAUGAAGAUAUAAUAUAUACGUAUAUGAUUUUUUAAUGUGAGGCGGAGUUAGGUACGUAUGUUAGGCAGUAGAGCGGUCGUCCUCUCGCGCGGGUCAUGUUUGGAACGGAAUAACGGCCACGAAAUCGAAUUAAACGCGACCCUCGGAGCUUGACGUGUGACGUGACUUUCGACGAAAGUGACGGAUACUUAGUCUCAACCAUGGCAGUAGGGACGCGGGAGGGUGCGCCGGGGUUCGGACAUGUCGAGAGCCGCCCGCGGAGACGCGACAGAACCGCGUAGGCUUAUCGGUAACAGUUAAUUAUUGUAAUGAUUAUUGUAGCAAACUUUUCCAAAACGAACGAACUCGAAACUCGGGCUGCGCGCCAGCGCUCAGCCUACCUCGCAAACAAGUGAGUUUAUUUUGGAACUAAGUGUGAUUCUUGAAUUUUUAUUGAUAUUGUAAUGAUUAUUAGUAGUGGCAUAAGUGAAUCAGAGGCAAGUGAACGUACAUGCAGCGGCGGUGCGGUGGGACGCACCCGCGACAACUGCCCGCGCUAAAUAUGCAUGUAUGUAACAGCCUUAGUGUGUACGUGGAGUCCCUUAUAUUUUCAAUGGCACAGAACACGUUAUAAGUAUAUUUUACAUAUUUACAUUUUAUCUAGCGGAGUCUAUUACAAUAUAUUAUCUACGAGCGGAUCCUACUACAACAUUGAGUUUGUUUUUUAUAAAGUGCAAUGUUAUAUUCCACCGGUUGCCGGCGGUCCUUGUUAUAGGUAUUGUGCAAUGGGGCGAACGUGCGCGGGAAACGUCUCCCUUCGACAGCUUUACACCUCCCAAGAGGCGUCUGGGGUUACAUCAACGUUUCAGAUAGUUCACUCGGUGUUCAGUAUUGCGGCACUUUCUUUAAAAUAUAAUGCAUUAUAUUAAAACUGACAUUCGAAAUAUUUAACAUCUGUGGCAGACGCGAAUCGCGCACGCGUAGUUUCCCGACGCAAGGCGAGCGUCUUAACAACUUUAUUAUUUUGUUUACGGCGUUAUUAAAUUGAUAUUAAUUAAGAUAGCUCCUAUUUAAAUUUGUUGAGGUGUUCAGUUCGCAAUCUCCACCGCGUAACGUUUGAAGAGGUUUAUUUUGGUCGUUUUUUAAUUGGAAGGUAUGAUAUAAGUUUAUUUAUAUACGAGAACGUUUCUGUAGAGCGUUGUCGUCUCCGCGGCUGCGGAAAGAAUCAUGGUUCCUAUGUAUAUUUCAAUGUAACGCAUGUAGAUUUCAUUAUUAUUUCCAAACGAGUUAUAAUUCGGAUGAAUGUGUUGUGUCCGCCAAACGAGCCGCCACGGCCAUGUUGUUUGUUAAGUUCUAAUGCAUGUUCCUUUCGUUUUUAUAAUGUUUAGCAUAUUCAGCUCUUUCCUAUUGCCGAAAAACAUUUUUGUUAUGUAAAUGUGACUAGAACUCACUAAACUAGAUAUGUAAUGGUUAAUUACGAAUAUAAGUUAAACGAUCGUAAAGGUAGCGUGUCUAUCAUAGUUCCUAUACUGUAUUGUAAUACUAAAUUAUUUUAAAAGUUCUUUAAUAGUAAAAUAUACCGUUCCUACUAUUUUACCUGUAACGAUGAUUUUAACGUGAACUGACGAAUGAGGAUGAAUUCACAUCAAGUUUGGUGUUACUCUUAAAGCUUUGUUUUACAUUCAAAUGUGUCACUCUUGUUUAUGUUUCGCUGUUUAUUUGUAAACUGGUAUUUGGUUGUCAAUAUUAUUGUCAGUAGCGGCGGCCUACGCGCCUACGAACCAAACACCCAACCAACAGAUAUCGAACACAUUGUCAGGUGUAAAUGGUA